AUGGCUCAACAACGCGCUCCCGAACUAAUUCUACACUCACUACUCGUUAAUUACUUAUCGAAAGAGGACAAUAUAGAAUCUAACGUUCCAUUUCUUUUGGAAACGAUAACUUUUCACCAACUUUUAAGUAGCAUUAGUAGCGAUGGUUCUGGCAGUGGGAAAACCGAUUCCAAUAACGAUACUGCCGAGAAAAUCAAGACACCGUUACACAAAUGGUGUACACGAGUGAAUUCUUUACUUUUGUCAAAGGUACCGAGUGCCAGGUGGGCCGGCGUAUGUUUUGUUAAAGUUUCGAUAGAGCAAUCCUGGUUACUAUUUACAGAAAACUUGAGUCAAUGGAGUUCGGCGUUAUUGAGUUUGCUUGCGAGGCCUGAACCAGUAACCACAUUAAGAGUAACCAUAUCAACCUUAUCAGAAAUGUUUUCGAAAACCGUUGAUAGACCGGAAUUACAACGAGAAGUAACCUCACAACUAUUACCUCGGUUUAAUUCGUGUCUAAUAAAUCUAUCAGGAAAUAAAGAUCUUUUGCAAUUUCCGUCCAUGUUUCGUCCCAUUUUACAAAACGCGCAAGGCUUAUGUCUUUCUAUAUUCGAUAAUAAUAGUGAUGAUAGUUAUGAUUCGGAUUCUGAGGUCGUGAAAAAAGCUGCCAAAUGUUAUGCGAAUAUUUGUAACGCUGGUGGCAAGAUUAGUGCUUCUGAUCAGUGGCAGCUGUCGUUGACUUGGUUGGUGGGGUCUGCUCAUGUAAUUUUGGAUCGGUUAUUUGAUACGAUGGAUGAAGAAAAUAAAUUUACUAAAAAACAGCAGCCACAUCCUCCAGGUCAACAUCAAUUUGAAUUUCUUAAAGUUACGGAUGAUUAUAUCAUUGGCUUCCCUAUCUUAUUCAAAAGAUUUAGAAUUCUUUGUCAAUUUAUUGUAUCUAUGUUAAGUUCUACUAAUUUAGCGAGUGUUCAAGUACCUGUUAAUCUUUUGAUGGGAUUGAUAUGUAGAGUGUGUAACGUUUGUGAUGGCGGGUCUGAUAACAAGGAUAAAAAUGAAUUUUCCAUACUUUUAAUUGGUCUUCCUACACUUCAAUUGGCAAUUAAUAGAGUGCUUGGAAGUUUGAUUCUAUGUUUGGUACGAGCAUCGACUUACAAUUUAUUCAAUCUAUGUAUUCAAAAGUAUCGAAAUGGAUUUCUUUUAUCAUCUUCCUCUUCAUCCUCGUUGAUUUUCAAUAUUGUUGAAGAUCUUACUAUAAAUGAUUUACAAAUAGCAGCACUUGAAGUGCUCAAAACGUCACUCUCCACAACCGGCAGCUCUUCAAUUCCCCCAGCCUCCCGAACACUGCUCGACAACCUUCUUCUAUCUCGAAUCCUCGGCAAUAACAACACCAAAACAAAUCCCAAAAUCAAACUAAGAUUAUACGAAUGUUUAUUGGCAUCGGUUAUUGCACCUUCAGAGUACCAAGCAAAUAUCCUUCCCUAUGCGCUAAGGAUAUACACGUCGGGAAUUAAUGAUGAUUCUCUUGAGAUACAAUCCUUUUGUUCGUAUGCUUUGACGAUAUGUGAUUUAAUAUAUCAUAGUAGAUUACCGCCAAUACAAAAAUCUAUUCCAUCUACAUCAACAUCAAACUCGUCAUCCAUCGAACCGAGUUUAGAGAGACAAAAUAUAACAAAUGAAGUGUCAUCGUCAGCAUCAAUUCUAUCAUCAACUACCACUACAACUACUAAAUCCGAAAAGAAAAAUUGUAGAUUACAGCCAAUACAAAAAUCUAUUCCAUCUACAUCAACAUCAAAUUCGUCAUCCAUCGAACCGUCAUUCAUCGAACCGAGUUUAGAGAGACAAAAUAUAACAAAUGAAGUGUCAUCGUCAGCAUCAAUUCUAACAUCUACCACUACAACUACUAAAUCCGAAAAGAAAAGAUUAUUUCCUUCAGAAUUUGAAAAUGCUUCUCAACCACGAUUCAAGAUGUAUCGUGAUAAUAACCAUGAUGGACCAGAUUCGGAAUAUGAUAUCAAUAAUGAUGAAAAGGAAGAUAAUGAUUAUUCCAUGCUUGAAUGA